GAGUAAAAAUGGCUUGGUUUUUUACCUUUCUUCUUUUCUUUCUUGUCUCUUCCGCUAAUGCUUGUAAUCGUUGUAUUUCCCAAUCUAAGGCAGCUCAUUACUACGAGGAUACUCCAACCUCAUAUGGAGGUGCAUGUGGGUAUGGAAAUUUGGCCUUGGAAAUGUCUAAAGGCUAUUUUGCAGCCGCUGUCCCUUCUAUCUAUAGAGAAGGAAUGGGUUGUGGUGCUUGCUACCAGAUAAGAUGCAAGAAUGCAACAUUAUGUAACACAGUUGGGACCAAAGUAGUUUUGACAGAUCAAAAUUCCGAUAACAGAACAGAUUUUGUUGUUAGUAGAAAAGCAUUUUCAGCUAUGGCUUUAGAUGGCAAAGGCCAACAACUUUUGAAAACUGGAAUUGUUGAUAUUGAAUACAAAAGGAUACCUUGUGAAUACAAUAAAAAUUUAUUAAUACAAGUAGUAGAAUGGAGCCACAAUCCAUAUUAUUUGGCUAUUAAAUUCCUUUACCAAGGAGGCCAAACAGACAUAACUGCAGUCAGUCUAGCAUCUCAGGAUGGUUCUGGAGAUUGGCAGUACAUGAAAAGAAACUAUGGAGCUAUUUGGGAUACAAAUAAAGUGCCAGAAGGAGCGAUAAAGAUGGUGGUGAUUGUAGUUUCAGGUUACAAGAAUGGAAGAGGGAUAAUGAUAAAUUAUGCACUUCCUGCUGAUUGGAAAAAUGGAGAGAUUUAUGAUACUGGAAUUCAAAUCAAAGAUAUUGCUACUGAAGCAUGCAAUCCUUGGAGAUGUGGUGACCAACCAUGGAAUUAAUCGAUGAUCAAAUAUAUAUAUAUGAUUCAUGAUUAAUUGAAGUUUUAGUUACAAAUAUAUGAUAAUGUGUGCAUAUUUCCCUUUUAUUUGUGUAUUGGUGUUUGGUGGAAUGUUAAUGUAAUUGUUGUAAUAUGAAAUAAAUGGAAUGCAAUAUCAAUAAUUUGUGAAUAAUAUAAUAGAUCUUUUUUAACCC